AUGAUAGGGUUUGAUCUCUGUUGGAUUGGGAGGGCACUUGUUUUUCUGCUAUUGAUUCCAAGAAUUCUUGGAUGGGGAAAGGAAGGGCACUACGCUAUUUGUAAAAUUGCUGAGGGAUAUCUUACUGAAGAUACGGUGACUGCGGUGAAGGCAUUGAUCCCAGAUCAUGCUGAAGGUGAUCUUGCCGCUGUUUGCUCGUGGCCUGAUGACGUUCGGUUCCACUACCGCUGGAGUAGUCCUUUACAUUACGUUGACACACCUGAUUUUAGGUGUAACUAUACAUACUGCAGAGAUUGCCACGACUCUGCUGAACAAAAGGAUAGAUGUGUUACUGGAGCAAUUUACAACUAUACAAUGCAACUUAUGUCCGGUUACAACUCAAAUUCAGAGAUAAAAUACAAUUUGACGGAGGCACUGAUGUUCUUAUCGCAUUUUGUGGGGGAUGUCCAUCAGCCCCUACAUGCUGGUUUCCUUGGAGACGAAGGCGGAAACACGAUAACAGUCCGUUGGUAUCGCAGGAAGACAAAUUUGCACCAUGUUUGGGACACCAUGAUCAUUGAUUCUGCUCUGAAGACAUUUUAUAACAAGGACCUUGCAACCAUGAUACAAGCUAUUCAAAGCAACAUUACGAAUGGCUGGUUUAGUGGCAUCUCAUCAUGGGCAAAUUGCGCAUCUGAUCACACAGUUUGUCCAGACCCGUAUGCUUCUGAAAGCAUUGAUCUGGCUUGCAAGUUUGCCUACAGAAACGCCACACCAGGAAGCACUUUAGGAGAUGACUACUUCUUCUCUCGUCUGCCUGUUGUGGAGACGAGACUAGCCCAAAGUGGGGUCCGUUUGGCUGCCACCCUCAACCGUAUCUUUGCUUCGCAUGCAUCAAUUGCACAAGAAUGA